UUGAUAGUACCAUUUUUACAAGACACUGAAAACAAGCGUUUCGUGACUUCGAUCAUUUUACACGACAGCACUUGCAAUUUUCAACAUUUUUACUUGCUCCAUUCGAAAACAUGAUGCUCAAGACAAUUAUCCUAAUUGGAGGGCCAAUGAAAGGAACCAGAUUCCGUCCCUUGUCCCUGGAGACUCCAAAACCAUUGUUUCCAGUAGCUGGGUUUCCAAUUAUCCAUCACCAUGUAGAAGCCUGUGCCCAGGUAGAAGGAAUGAAGGAGGUUAUACUAAUUGGGUUUUACCAGCCUAAUGAUGCACUGAACAGAUUUAUAACUCAAGCACAACAGCAGUUUAAAAUUCAAAUCAGGUACCUGCAAGAGUACACUGCCCUUGGCACAGCAGGAGGGAUAUACCAUUUCCGCGAUCAGAUUCUGGCAGGAAAUCCAGAUUAUUUCUUCCUUAUGAAUGCUGAUGUGUGUGGCGAUUUCCCGUUGAAGGAAAUGUUACAAUUUCAUACUAAGAAACCAAUGGGGACGUACUGUACCAUUCUAGGAACAGAGGCAACAAGACAGCAAUCACUGACAUACGGAUGUAUUGUAGAAAAUAAAGAUACACACGAGUUUAGUGUUGGCCAGGUCAUGCAUUAUGUUGAAAAGCCAGAAACGUUCAUCAGCACUAUAAUCAAUUGUGGGAUAUAUCUGUGUUCACCAGCUCUGUUUGGGCCUCUAGAAGUGGAAUUUAAGAAAAAUCUGGAACAAAAUUACAAUUUAGCGCAGAACUAUGAUGAGCCGGGUUUUAGCUGUGAUUACACAACUGCCCCUGCUAAGGAAGUGAUUAGAAUGGAACAGGACAUAUUUGUACCCCUGGCUUCCACCGGGAAACUUUACGUGUAUCACACUAACAAGUUCUGGAGUCAAAUCAAGUCUGCUGGGGCUGCAAUCUAUGCUAACAGACAUUACUUAGACCUGUAUCACAAGUCUCACCCGGAACGUCUGGCAAAAAAUAGUGUUGGGAAGCCCCAGAUACGGGGUGACGUGUUCAUUCAUCCGUCUGCUCAAGUCCACGAAACUGCUGUGUUGGGUCCAAAUGUAACUAUAGGGAAAAAUUGUGUGUUGGGAGAAGGGGUUAGAGUACGAGACUCUGUGAUUCUAGAAGGAGCAGUUUUACAGGAUCAUUGCUGUGUGUUGGACAGUAUUAUUGGUUGGAAUUCUCAGAUUGGUGUCUGGACUCGGAUAGAAGGCACUCCAAAUGAUCCGAACCCGAACAAACCUUUCGCUAAAAUAGAAACUACCCAAACAUUUACAAAUGAUGGCAAACUGAACCCUUCCAUUACAGUUAUAGGAUCUGAUGUUCAGGUACCAUCUGAAGUGAUCAUCCUCAACUCCAUUGUACUUCCUAAUAAAGAACUCAGCGGCUGUUAUAAAAAUCAAAUUAUUCUGUAGAAAAUAAACUAGUUUAGGAUUAUUUUAUGAGGAAGAUUAUAAAUUCAUACACUGUGUGACAUAUGAAGUUAAAACAGAAUUAACUCCAAAACAUUUUCAAGUCAGACAUAAGCCUAGCUGAAUGGCAAAAUUUAGUAUGAAAAUUGUUUUUAUAUUCAAUUUAUAAGUUUUAAAGAUAAAAACUUAACAAAAUCACUUUACUGGUAAAGUAUUUUUUUUUGAAAAUGCUUUAAGAAUAUUUUUUUUUCAAAAAACAUUGGUUCAGUAGAGACUGUUUUAAGGAUUUCUGUUCACUUCAUAUUCAUGUUGAGAAAUUGUCAGCAUGUGGAGAAAUUGUCAGCUACUUGUGGAGAAAUUGUCAGUACAUGCGCACAAAAUUCAGGAAAACCGAUUAGUAUUAUUGAUUGCCAUUAUACAACUUAAAUACAGUUGAAAAAUGGAAUGGAAAUCUACAGUCCAACUUUGUUUAGUCAAACUCGCAGGGCCAGUGGAAAUUUGUUCUUUAGUCAUUGGUAGUUUGAGCCAACCAGUUAUGUUAACUGCCCGCCAUUACAUAAAACAUUAAAUACUGUUUAGAAACAGCACUAAACCCAAAGUUAACAAACAGUUUUGUUGUUCGAGCAGAAGCGGUUACAUUAAAAUUUCAUCGUAAGAGCUGGAGGUACAGUUUGAGAAUUCCAGGUUUGAGCGAAGGGAGGUAUUCAAGAGGUCCGAGUUUGAGGAUUGAAGUAUAUCUAUAUAUAUAUAUAUAUAAUAUAUAUAUAUAUGACUGUAUAUCAUCAACAAUGCACUGUUACCAUGUAAACAUCAGUAAAGCUUGUAAUCACUGUGUUAAAGGUUUACUUUUACAUUAGGUAGGACAUCUGAUCGUUUUUGGAGGAUGGGGGACUUCUUUGUGUAGGAAAUAUUCACGAUACAGACUCUCAAAGGAAUAUAUUUUACGUGGUUAGUAUCCCUACCUAGAUGAAACAAAAUACCAAAAUUAACCAUGAUUAGACGUGUAACCUGCAUUCUUACGUGUAUUCUAGGUUAGCAGUUUGGAUCAGUUUAGUACUUUUUUUCUGCUUAUUUAUUUAAAUGGUGAAGAUUACAAACCGAUAUAAGACUGCCCUUAUUUUAGUCAUGCCUGCAGUGUGCCAAAAUUUUCCUAAAAUGGUAUUGCUUCAUAAAAUUGAAAUUAUAACUCCCAAGAAGUUUUUAAGCUAGGUGCGUGUUAAUUUUUAGGGGGGAAAAUUGAAAAAUAACGCCCAUUUUUAUUUGCAUUUUGUAAUUUAUUGUUAUACAGUAGUUUUAACUCUGUAUUAAACAUGUGAUAUUUCUAAGCUUAGAUCUAAAGGAAGAUUGUAUAAUAUGAUGGCAAUAAGGUUUAACUUUUCCUAAGGUACAGUUUAGCCUGCCAUUAAUUUCAGUGACUUCUUUGUUGAUUUGGGGUGGGGGGGGGGGGGGAACCUGAAAUUUCGAGAUUUCAAUUUGCAAAGAUGGCUAUAAUUUGAGUGCUUACUGUUUUUAGCUCACCUGAGCAAUGCUCAGGUGAGUUUUUCUGAUCGCUCGAUGUCCGGCGUCUGGUGUCUGUCGUCCGUCGUCUGUCAACAUUUAGCUUGUGUAUGCGAUAGAGGCUGUAUUUUUCAAUUAAUCUUCAUGAAUAUUGGUCAGAAUGAUAAUCUUGAUGAAAUCUAGGCUGAGUUCGAAAAUGGGUCAUUUCGGGUCAAAAACUAGGUCACUAGGUCAAAUCAAAGAAAAACCUUGUGUAUGCGAUAGAGGCUGUAUUUUUCAUUUAAUCUUCAUGAAUAUUGGUCAGAAUGAUAACUUUGAUGAAAUUUAGGCCGAGUUCGAAAAUGGGUCAUCUCGGGUCAAAAACUAGGUCACUAGGUCAAAUCAAAGAAAAACCUUGUGUAUGCGAUAGAGGCGGUAUUUUUCAUUUAAUCUUCAUGAAUAUUGGUCAGAAUGAUAACCUUGAUGAAAUCUAGGCCGAGUUUGAAAAUGGGUCAUCUCGGUUCAAAAACUAGGUCACAAGGUCAAAUCAAAGAAAAACCUUGUGUAUGCGAUAGAGGCGGUAUUUUUCAAUUAAUCUUCAUGAAUAUGGGUCAGAAUGAUAACCUUGAUGAAAUCUAAUCCAAGUUCGAAAAUGGGUCAUCUCGGGUCAAAAACUAGGUCACUAGGUCAACUCAAAGAAAAACCUUGUGUAUGCGAUAGAGGCUGUAUUUUCAAUUCUUCUUAAUGAAUAUUGGUCAGAAUGAUAACCUUGAUGAAAUCUAGGCCGAGUUCGAAAAUGGGUCAUCUCGGGUCAAAAACUAGGUCACUAGGUCAAAUCAAAGAAAAACCUUGUGUAUGCGAUAGAGGCUGUAUUUUUCAAUUGCUCUUCAUGAAUUUUGGUCAGAAUGAUUGCCUUGAUGAAAUAAAGGCCGAGUUCGAAAAUGGGUCAUCUCGGGUCAAAAACUAGGUCACUAGGUCAAAUCAAAGAAAAACCUUGUGUAUGCGAUAGAGGCGGUAUUUUUCAAUUGAUCUUCAUGAAUUUUGGUCAGAAUGAUAUCCUUGAUAAAAUCUAGGCCGAGUUCGAAAAUGGGUCAUCUGGGGUCAAAAACUAGGUCACUAGGUCAUAUCACGUAAAAACCUUGUGUAUGCGAUAGAGGCUGUAUUUUUCAAUUGAUCUUCAUGAAUUUUGGUCAGAAUGAUUACCUUGAUGAAAUUUAGACCAAGUUCGAAAAUGGGUCAUCUGGGGUCAAAAAUUAGGUCACUAGGUCAAAUCAAAGAAAAACUUUGUGUAUGCAAUAGAGGCUGUAUUUUUCAACUGAUCUUCAUGAAAUUUAGCCAGAAUGAUUACCUUGAUAAAAUCUAGGCCGAAUUCGAAAAUGGGUCAUCUGGGGUCAAAAACUAGGUCACUAGGUCAAAUCGAAGAAAAACAUUGUGUAUGCAAUAGAGGAUGUAUUUUUCAAUUGAUCUUCAUGAAAUUUGGUCAGAGUGAUUGCUUUGAUGAAAUCUAGGUCGAUUUUGAAUAUGGGUUAUCUGAGGUCAAAAACUAGGUCACUAGGUCAAAUUAAAGAAAAAUCUUGUGUAUGCGAUAGAGACUGUUUUUUUCAAUUGAUUUUUAUGAAAUUUGAUCAGGUUGAUUGCCUUAAUGAAAUCUAGGUCGAAUUUGAAUAUGGGUCAUCUGAGGUCAAAAACUAGGUCACUUGGUCAAAUCAAAGAAAAAACUUCUGUAUGUGAUAGAGGCUGUAUUUUUCAGUUGAUCUUCAUGAAUUUUGGUCAGAAUGAUUGCCUUGAUAAAAUCUAGGUCGAGUUUGAACAUGGGUCAUCUAGGGUCAAAAACUAGGUCAUAUCUAAGAAAAUGCUUGUUUUAUCGCAAGAGACCAAUUUUUUGGUCCAAUCUUAAUGAAAAUUGGUCAGAAUAUUUGUUUCCAUGAAAUCACUAGGUCAAACCUGUUUUACACUGUUAUGGAGUGUUUCUUAGGUGAGCGACCUAGGGCCAUCUUGGCCCUCUUGUUUUAUCUUCUGAGUACAAGAGUACCUUUUUAUUGUUUGAUAUUUUAUAGAUAUAUAGCAUUUCUUGUGUGCAAUUUCCAAGCUUAAUUGUUAGACAAAUGUGGUUGAAGCAAUUUCUUUAAACAAAUUCACAUUUCUAUUUAUUUAAUCCGAUGAACGAUUUUUCUACAUCUAGAAAGAAAAAAAAUGUUAUUUUAUAUAUUUAUCGUACUUUCCAUGUUUUAUUUAUUUUAUUGUUUUUUUAUUUAUAAUUCUAUUAAUGUACAGCUGGGAUGAAAUAUGGAUUUACUAAUGUAUGUUUCAUGUGUACCUUUUUAAGUGGGCAUAAUAAAUGAUCCAUGUUGUUA